GACAAUAACUUUGACAGUUUGUUGUUGACGACGUCGUCGAACGAAAUAAAUUUUGCCGGAACUGAAUAAAAUAAUUUCAGUAUUUCCAAUAGAAAUGUGACUAGUGUGUAACUAAAAUGGAUAUCAUCUCAGUUAUUUGGUCUUUGAUCUUCUACGGUAUUGUUUUCGGUCUGACAUUAUUAUUUAUUAGUUGUGUCAUCAUCUAUGUUGUAACAAAUCCAUACCCAGUUGUCGAGCGGUUCAAAGAAGAAGAAUACUAUGAAGAUCCAAAAUCCAAGACCAAAGUAAAGUUCCCGAGUAUUGAGGAACCUCAGAGUGUCAAUCUUAGUGUUGUGGUCCCGGCAUACAAUGAGGAAGAAAGGUUGCCACCAAUGUUAGAUGAGGCAUUAGAAUUUUUGGAGAAAAGACUGACAGAGUAUCCUUCGUACAAGUAUGAAAUCAUAGUAGUGAGUGAUGGGAGCAAAGAUAAGACUGUCCAAGUGGCUGGAAACUAUGCCCUGAAGUAUGGCAGUGAUAAUGUCAGAUGUCUUGAACUGGUAAAGAAUAGAGGCAAAGGUGGUGCUGUGCGCUUGGGAAUUGAGAGCUCCAGGGGCUCAUUGAUAUUGUUUGCUGAUGCAGAUGGUGCAUCCAAAUUUGAGGAUUUGAAAAAGCUGGAAGUAGCCGUACAAGGAACACUGAAAUAUGAUGUAAUCACACAGCCUGAAGAAAUCAGUAAAGCCCACUCUAUUGUCAUUGGCUCUAGAGCUCAUUUGGAAGAAGAAUCUUUAGCCACAAGAAGUGUUUUUAGGAAUAUACUGAUGUAUGGCUUCCAUUUCCUGGUGUGGUUGUUCACUGUAAAGGGCAUCAAUGACACACAAUGUGGUUUUAAACUGUUCACUAGAAAAUCUGCACAAACUUGUUUCAAGAGCUUACAUGUGAAUAGAUGGGCAUUUGAUGUAGAAUUACUGUACAUAGCACAACAACUUAACAUUCCAAUAACUGAGAUUCCUGUGAGAUGGACAGAGAUCGAAGGCUCCAAGGUUACCCCUGUCCUCUCCUGGAUACAGAUGGGGUGUGACCUCGGCCUCAUUUGGCUUAAAUAUACGAUAGGAGCCUGGAAGAUCAAAGCUGAUAAGAUAGAUUAAGCAUGUCCUGUAUAUUAUUUUAAAGUUUAUUAGAUCAAGCUAAAUAAAAAUUUAUUUUAAUGUC